AUGUUUAAUGUUCGAAACAAUAACAAAAACAGUGUGUUUUUAGUUGCACUCGAAGCCUGGUUUGCUUUCGGCUCAUCAAAUAUACCAAACGAAAUUCUUACAAAAAUUGCUGAUUAUCUAUCAACAAAGGACAGACUAUCUUGUGCUCUUACGUGCAAGGAAUGGAGAUAUCCGUUUCAAAGGGUCCUGUGGCGAAACAUACGUAUUACUACCAUUGAAGCCGCCAAACGCUUGGUUGCCACUAUCCAAGAAUCCCAGCGUGAAUCUAUAUCACUUGGUCUCUCAGUUCAAAGCCUAAAUAUACCUAUUUACUGUAAUAUGGAAGGCGUACAAGAUACGGAUAUCCUUAUGUACCUGCCGAACUUGAGGCAUCUUGACCUGGGGAAUGUAAGCUAUGUGGAUAUUUACACAAAGACAACUCGAUCGUACAGUGUAUGGAAGUCUCUGGAAAGCCUGAAAUUUGUCAGCAACAAACGUGAAUGGAUACGACCUGGGAAAAACCUCCUUGAAUUCGUAAAUACAUGUUGCAGACUACAAGAACUAGAAAUAAGCGCGAGUCCAUUCAAUCAUCGCAUCGAGUUUAGCGUCAACGACUUUGACGUCAUGCACCAAAAUCUGCGGCAACUUUCUUCGAUCAAGGUUGACAUGUAUCUCAAUCCUGACUUUUCGUCUGCACUGGGCAAGAUUCCGGAUACGAGACCCGCGUUUGGUGUGAAAUCCCUAAAUAUAAAUUCGAAGAAAUACGUGAGCAGAUAUGAAUACACGAAUCAAUGGAAUCCUUUGUGGCUGUACUACUUUGGUUACAAGUAUCCAAACGUGCAUACGCUGAAAAUAGAUGCCACCGAGACAUGUCAUAACCCGAUUACUUCUGACCAGAAGCAAAAAAUCAUAUCGCUUUUUCAGUCCAACCCAAACGCAUUUAAACACCUUGAAACAUUCCACUUCGCAAACGACAGAUAUUUCGAAUCCUCGGAUUUCUUUUUGUGGGAUGUGCUUUGGGCAUUAAGAGUCCCUCUUAAACAUCUGGACUUGGAUGCAACAGUAAACCAAGGCGCAGAUCAUUCACAUACAAUGGAUAUCGACCGAAUUCUGCAAUCAUUUUCUAGAACACUCGAAACUCUUUCGCUUAAAGGAUUUAUAUAUUUUGAGAGUAGCCUCAAUCCGAAGCUGCGACUAUCAUCUUACUACCCGCUUUUGACGUAUCUUUGUAUCAGUGGCCACAUUGUAUCUAUCGAUUUGGAUGACCUGUUGGACAGAUGCGUUGCCCUCAAACAGCUGGGAUUCAGUGGAGAGGAAUUGUUCGUUACUCCAAGAACGAUAGACAAUAAACCAAAGCAGCAUCAUGCGCUGCAGAUCUUGACCUUAUUUGAAUGCACUACAUCCGCCAAAGUAUUCCGUCGCCUCUCUUUCAGGUGUAGAAAGCUGCGAUACAUGGCUUUAGGCUCUUUGUGGAUCACUGGAUCUAUUUCUAAGAAAACCGGACGUUUGUUCAUCGAUAUGCCAUAUACCCUCUUACAGGAUCUUCACAUAGACCAAGUCCAAUAUAUCACAUCGAACCAAGAAUUCGAUAUAACAAAAGCUAUAAACAUGACACACUUGACUCAAUUAUACGACCCUAUAUUAGCAGAUGAACUGAACGAAAGGAAAAGAAAGGAGGCUGCGGACCCAAAAGCACCUACAAUGAUAAGUCACACCAUUUGCUGGGUCUACACAUAUGGGUACUUUGUGACUUCACGGUAUCACCGGCAAGGUACCUAUGAGCUUUUAGAAGAAGAAGGUGAUUAUGCACAACAAUACUUCCAAGACUUCAAGCCCAAAAAAACCGGCAUUAAGUUAAGAGACGGCAGCUAUUUUGACGAAGAUGAACCGGAGACCUUUUGGGAAUACGAACUUUUCAAAGGAUAUGGCGAAUUUAGAUUUGGCAAGGUGGCUGAUUAUAUUACUGGUGGUAUAUAUCCACCUGGCAAUUACGACGACUAG